UAACGGUCCGGGUUUGUGCUUAUGGCUAACUGGGACCGCAAUAAGAACCUCCUGCUGGAGCUGGUGAAGCUGCCGGGCAACGAUCGAUGCGCCGACUGCGGGGCCCCGGAUGCAGACUGGGCAUCCUACAAGCUAGGCAUCUUUGUAUGCCUGAACUGCUCCGGUACUCAUCGCAAUCUCCCUGCAAUAAGUCGCAUCAAGUCCAUACGUUUGGACUUCUGGGAUGAUGACCUGGUGGAGUUCAUGAAAUCCAGUGGCAACGCUGCAGCCAAGACCUUGUACGAGUCCUCUAUCCCAGUUUUCUACUACAGACCAGAACAUCAAGACUGUGCUGUUCUGAAGGAACAGUGGAUUCGCGCAAAGUAUGAGAGGAAGGAAUUCACUGCAGAGAGAAAGCAUCUUCAGCAGCCCUAUAGUUCUGGAUAUUACGAGGGGAUGUUGUGGAAGAAAGGCAAGGAUAAAAAACAAUUCCUGAAGAGGAGAUUCCUUCUCUCCCAGAAAGAUUUCACCCUAAAAUACUUCACCAAAGAAGAUUCCUCAACAAACCCCAAAGCAGUUAUUGCUGUAAAGGACCUGAAUGUUACCUUCGAGCCAGAAAAGAUUGGCCACAUGCAUGGGCUACAGAUUACCUUCGUGCAGGAGGAUCACACCAGGAACCUGUUUGUAUAUCAUGACAGCGGCCAGGAGAUUGUUUCCUGGUUUAAUGCAAUUCGGGCUGCUCGCUUUGCUUACCUAAAAAUGACCUUUCCUGAAGCUGUUGAAUCUGAGCUCCUCCCCUUGAUAACAAGACAUCACUUGAAAGAAGGUUACAUGGAGAAAACUGGCCCAAAACAACGUGAACCAUUUAAGAAGAGGUGGUUCAUCCUGAACUCAAAUGACAGGAAACUGCUUUACUUCAAGUCCCCACUGGAUGCAGUAGAACUUGGAGCAGUGUUCCUUGGUCCUGAGAGCCUGGGCUACUCAGUAAAAGAGAGCCAACCCAAGAGCAUGCGGGGCAACAAGUGGAAGUAUGGUGUGACAGUGGAGACGCCAGACCGGCAGUUUGUCUUCAUGUGCGAACAGGAACGUGACCAGAAGGAGUGGAUUGAGGCCUUCCAGCAGGUCAUCUCCCAGCCCAUGAUACCUAAGGACUAUGCCACUGAAGCUAGUUUGAAGAGAAGAUGACAACAAUUUCAUGAAGACAUGGAAAUUUGAGAAGAGAAGUGUGAAUGCUCUUGGUUCUGUGCAUCAUCCUACACACCUGGAGAUGGCAGCCUCUAUGGUACUGUGCAGCUGGAAUGAUUUAGAACUAGAAAAAAUGUGAAUUCUCCCCAGUCCAUCUAGUUGUUAUCUAAAGUGUUGAAAAUAAUGUCAUGUCUACUGCCGUUUGCGGUCCUGAGGAAAUUUUGAAAUGAACCAUUGAUCACCAGUGAUAAAAGGGUUGCAAAUGAAUUAAAUCCUUCAUUUUCCUAAACCAGUUGAUAGUUGAGCAAUAUCAUCACAGUAUUGAAAAUACAUGUCUGUUGUUUGUUGCAUACCAAUUAGGAUUGUCAAUACGUUUAAUUAAUAGUACAUACUGUAAAUCUUCCAAUCAAUGCAUUUUAAAAAAUGGA